GUGGGGGCGGUUCCGGUUCCGGCGGGGGGCCGGUCCCGCGGGGCCAUGGCGGACCUGGAGGCGGUGCUGGCGGAUGUCAGUUACCUGAUGGCGAUGGAGCGGAGCCGCGCCGCGCCCGCCGCCCGCGCCUCGCGCCGCCUCGCGCUGCCCGAGCCCAGCAUCCGCAGCGUGAUGCAGAAGUACCUGGAGGACCGCGGCGAGGUGACAUUCGAUAAGAUCUUCACACAGAAGAUCGGGUACCUGCUCUUCCGUGACUUCGCCUAUAACCAGGCAGAGGAGGCCAAACCCCUGAUGGAGUUCUAUGAGGAGAUCAAGAAGUAUGAGAAGCUGGACUCGGAGGAGGAGCGAACCACUCGGAGCCGCCACAUCUUCGACCAUUACAUCAUGAAGGAGCUGCUGGCCUGCUCCCACCCCUUCUCCAAGAGUGCCACAGAGCAUGUCCAGAGCCGCCUGAGCAAGAAGCAGGUGCCCCCGGACCUCUUCCAGCCCUACAUUGAGGAGAUCUGCCAGAACCUGCGUGGGGCCAUCUUCCAGAAAUUCAUCGAGAGUGACAAGUUCACACGGUUCUGCCAGUGGAAGAACGUGGAGCUGAAUAUACAUCUCACCAUGAAUGACUUCAGCGUUCACCGAAUCAUCGGCCGCGGUGGUUUCGGGGAGGUCUAUGGCUGCCGGAAAGCGGAUACAGGCAAAAUGUAUGCCAUGAAGUGCUUGGACAAGAAGCGCAUCAAGAUGAAGCAGGGCGAGACCUUGGCCCUCAACGAGCGCAUUAUGUUGUCCCUCGUCAGCACCGGGGACUGCCCGUUCAUCGUCUGCAUGUCAUACGCCUUCCACACACCCGACAAGCUCAGCUUCAUCCUCGACCUCAUGAAUGGAGGAGACCUGCAUUAUCACUUAUCCCAGCACGGCAUCUUCUCGGAGGCAGAGAUGCGCUUCUAUGCCGCCGAAAUCAUCCUGGGCCUGGAGCACAUGCACAGCCGCUUUGUGGUGUACCGCGACCUCAAGCCGGCAAACAUCCUCCUGGACGAGUUUGGACACGUGCGCAUCUCAGACCUGGGCCUGGCCUGCGACUUCUCCAAGAAGAAGCCCCACGCCAGCGUGGGCACCCAUGGCUACAUGGCUCCCGAGGUGCUGCAGAAAGGGGUGGCCUACGACAGCAGCGCCGACUGGUUCUCGCUGGGCUGCAUGCUCUUCAAGCUGCUGCGGGGGCACAGCCCCUUUCGGCAACACAAGACGAAGGACAAGCACGAGAUCGACCGUAUGACCCUCACCAUGGCUGUGGAGCUGCCGGAUUCCUUCUCCCCGGAGCUGCGCUCGCUGCUGCAAGGGCUGCUGCAGCGUGACGUCAACCGCCGCCUGGGCUGCAUGGGGCGCGGGGCUCAGGAGGUGAAGGAGGAGCCGUUCUUCAAGGGCCUGGACUGGCAGAUGGUUUUCCUGCAGAAGUACCCACCGCCCCUCGUCCCACCCCGCGGUGAGGUCAAUGCUGCCGACGCCUUCGAUAUCGGCUCCUUCGAUGAGGAGGACACCAAAGGCAUCAAGCUGCUUGAGAGUGACCAGGAGCUGUAUCGCAACUUCCCACUCACCAUCUCGGAGCGGUGGCAACAGGAGGUGACCGAGACUGUCUUCGAAGCCGUCAAUGCUGACACCGACAAAUUGGAAGCUCGCAAGAAAGCCAAGAACAAGCAGUUGGGCCACGAGGAGGAGUACGCCCUGGGCAAGGACUGCAUCAUGCAUGGGUACAUGGCCAAGCUGGGCAACCCCUUCCUCACCCAGUGGCAGCGGCGCUACUUCUACCUCUUCCCCAACCGCCUCGAGUGGCGUGGAGAGGGCGAGUCGCCGCAGUCCCUGCUCACCAUGGAGGAGAUCGACUCAGUGGAGGAGACGCAGGUGAAGGAGCGCAAGUGCAUCCUGCUCCGCAUCCGUGGUGGCAAGCAGUUCGUGCUGCAGUGCGAUAGCGACCCGGAGCUGGUGCAGUGGAGGAAAGAGCUGCGGGACGCGCAGCGCCAGGCACAGCAGCUGCUGCAGCGGGUGCCGCUGAUGCAGAACAAGCCCCGCUCGCCCGUGGUGGAGCUCAGCAAAGUGCCGUUCAUCCAGCGCUGCACCAACGGGCUCUGACCCCGUGCCAACGCCUCCCCGCACCGUCCUCCCCUCUUCCCACCCCGCCUCUAAUUUAUUGGGUUGGGUUCCCGCGUGCCCUCGCUCCUUUGUGUCGUCCCUGGGUGCCAGGCACCGGAGGCUGCCCUGUGCCGGUGCGGAGCGGGCAUGGCUGCCAGGUCGCCAGCCCAGAUUCCGGCGCGUAGCUGGUGCUGGGCAUGCAGUUCGGCACCUCUCCCUGGCAUCCCCUUCCCAAUCCUUUACGAACUCUCCGGCUAAAAUGAAGGCAGCCCCCACGUGCCCUCUCCGUGCCUGCCCGCUUCGCUUCGCGUGCCAAACGGGGCCGGGUGAGUGCCAGCUCUGGCCGGGCAGGGAACUGGCCGGCUCUUCUCACCUGGAGCCUUUGCCCACAUCCCUCCAAGCUGGCACAUUCCAACUCGGCUGUGCCCGUCGUUUGGGUGCCAAGUGUGUGGGGGGUGUGUGUGUGUGUGUGUGUGUGUGCGCACGCGUGUGUGUGCCCAGCGGGACCCCCUGUAAAUACUGUGCCAUGGGUCCCCUGUGCCCCCUCCCCGGGCAAAGGGGGCGCCCCUUGCCUCCCCCCCUGCGAGCUGUGGGUCAGCCGACGAGGACGGACCCCCAAAUCACCCUCGUGUGACGCUGGCCCCAGUCCCUGGCUGGUGGGCGUGGGGGGUCCCCCACCCCCUGCCCAUCCGUGGUGGCAUCUGUAAAUAUUGGUGACUUUGCCUCAGGGGGGGCGGGUGGCACCGUGUGACUGAGAUUUUAAUGAGCAGAGAUGGGAGAACGCCAAAAAAAAAGAAAAAAGAGUUU